AUGCAUACAGCUUACUCUGCGGAGAUGGCGGCUGGCGCGGUGGAGGAUGCCUGGAAAGGUGACGCAACCAUGCGGUACGACCCUGGUAUGCCAGGAGCUCGUCGAACUCGGCACCGUCCGCCGCCACCGACGCACGGCAACCCCAUGAACGACUGCCGAGGAGCGACGCCGUGGCCCGUGACUCAGUCGAUCGCCCCUGUGGAGCGCAGCGAGGCCGUGCAAACGACGACAGCGGCGGCCCAGGACGCUUCCUGGCUUCACCAUGCGGCGUACGCGAGUUGUGAAGACCGCCGCCAGGCAGCUGUCGGCAUCAAGCUUGCCGCUCACACGCCGCAUGACGUCGAUGGGCGCUACACGAACAGGCAGCUGGUUGCUCCGCCGCCGCCACCACGCCCUCCCUCACCGCUGCACGAGCACUCCGACCAAGGGCAGCAGCCGAUGCAUGAGUACAGCUCCAUUUCGGACGGUGCCCGCCACCUCAACUCAGCGCGGCAUCGAUCAGCUGCUUCGGCCGCCGCCCUCUUUUUCCACUCUCCCUCCGUCACCGGCGGCUUCGCUGGCUCGCCUUGCGCCGGCGGCUCGGCAGCCUUCCGGCACGGAAGGCGGGCUGCUGCUGCCACGUCUGCCGUCUCUAGUACGGCGACCUUUGCCAGCGCGACAGGAGCGUCGGCGAUGGUUGCCACAGCCGCCUCUGCCGCGGCGGCCCAAGCCGAACCGUGCUGCGUUGCGGCGCUUAUCUUCAACAACGCCAAGGAGGUCGGCGUCGCGCUCUGCGAGUUGCCGUCGCUGACCGUGUCUCUCUUCCAGUACGGGGACACGGCCACCUUCUUCAAGACAGCAUCGCUGCUGCACACACGCAACCCGGUCGAGGUGCUUGUCCCAUCGACCGCCGUCGACAGUGAGCUGGUGCAAGCGGUGCUGCGGCAGCACGGCGCCCACAUGACCUUCACAAGCGUGCAGCGCUGCUUCUACAAUGCGGAGGAGGGGGUGCGGCGACUGUCGCAGCUGAAGUCGUCGACCGAGGCGUCACUGUGCAUUGAGGACACAGACCGCUACCUGUGCGUGGCGGCCGCUAACGCAGUCGUCUUGUACAUGGAGCACGUGAACGAUAUGCACCUGCUGCCAGGCUCCGUGCGCGUGCGGGCAGAGGCGCUGGAGCAUUACAUGGAGGUCUCCCGCACCACGGCACGGGCGCUGCAGAUUAUUCCGGACACCGCGUGCGUGUCAGCGGCGGCGGCGGCGCCGAUGGAGUUCAUGCGCAACGCAGCGAGCGGCAGUGAGAGGGCCGACCGGCAGCAGCGGGUGCGCGCUCAGCGAUAUGGAGCGGCGCAGACGGUGAUGUUUUUCGGCCACGACCUUGCCGAACUGCCACUGCUGCAGACGGUCGCGCUUGUGGACGCCAUCCCACGCGCCUGCACGGUCAUGGGCCAGCGCUACCUCCGCCGCACUCUUCUCCAACCGCUGCGCGACUGCGUUGCUGUCCAAGGCCGCCACGACGCUGUCGAAUGGCUUCUCUGCGAGCCGAGGCGACUUCACAUGCUGCGCACACUUCUACGGCAUACCGCCGCGCUUGACCUGGAGCGCUUGACGGCGACACUGACCCAUCGAUCACGACGCGAGAGAAGCAGCGCUCAGCAGCAGUCGUACCUGGAGUCGCUGCAGCUGCUCUGGAGCGCUCUGCCCCACCUGGAGCAACUACACGUACAGCUCAAGGCCUACCUGGGGCCGCUGCUGGGAGUGCAGGCACCAGUGUAUAGAGAAGGCGUACCGUCAUCGACACCAUCACUACUGCCGAGUGGCGGCUCAGACGCGGCGGCGCCGUCCCACGAUCUGCGCAGCACCGCAGCGCACCCUUCAGUACUGCACAGCAUCGCCACCGCGCUAGGGCAGUGCCGCUUCCCCGAGCUGGAGACCCUCAUGGGCACCUACCUCGAGCGCUCCGUGCUGCCGUCGGUCGUCGGGGACCAUGAGAGGAGCGCCGCGCACUACGGAGCGCUGCAUGGUGCCGACACCGGUAGCCCACAAAUCCCGCCGUGCGUGUCUGCGGUGGCGCAGCAGCAGCAGCUUCCGCAACGGCGGCGACGACGACUGCGCAGCGACGACGGCGCCGCACUGGACUCACCUCGGCACCCGCAGGAGCGGUCGCAGCGCGUCGCAGCCGUCUUUUUGCGGCUCCUUCGCAUGUGUUUCCUUGUGCAGGCUCCGCAUAGCGGCGAGCUGGACGCACUUCGCACGCGGCUGAGCCUCCGCAUCUCCGACAUCACCUCCUACGCGGCGGAGCUGCGCGCGACGUACCGGAUCUUCUCGCUGCGCCUGGAGCCGGACCCGGUGAAGCUGUACUGCUUCUCCUACGCCGUUGCAGAGGAGGCGAAGGCGCAGGCCGGUCCCUUCACGUGGCGCUUUGCAGGCGGCUCGCACUUCGCUUUGUAUCUUUCUGCCCUGCGUGAACAGCAGCUGCGGCGGCAACAGGAGCAGCACCAGGGUCAGGGGCGGACCCUGCGUUGCUCUCAGUGGCACCCGCCUACUUCUGCCGGCGACUCGUUGUGCACUGUCUCGUCGUCCCCUCCGGCGGAGCUGUCACGGCACACGAGCGAUGCGGACGGCGCCGGAUUCGACUCCUCCGCCAUUGAUCCUUUUUCCCCUUCCAUGUCCGGCACGAACCACACAGCCUCUCGUCAGCUGCGUCGCCGCAGAGUGCGGUGCAGCACAGAGGAGCUCGACUACCGCUGCGCCCGGGCACAGGAGUGCGUCGCCGCGGUCCUGCAGCUGCAGCUGCACAGUGUGCAACCCCUCGUCCGCGCCAUCCAGCAUGAGUUCCUCGGCUCUCUGCAGGCUACCGUAGAAUCGGUGGCGCUGCUGGACACUCUGCUGUGCUUUGCGCUCUACUCGCUGACACAUCAGUGCACGCGACCGGUGCUGGUCGAGCUGCGGACGGGGUCGACGACGGCGCCACACGUGCGCACGUCGAUGGCAGAGCUACCUGGGAAUGGCGAGGCAGUGGCUUCUACAGGGCGGAGAGCCACCUCAGUGACAGGCGGCGCCGGGGCUUCGUGGGACAAGAUGGACGAGUACACCAACGCCACAAGCGCCGCUGCCGGUGUAGGGGACCAGAGAGGUGGAACAGCCGCAUCCGCGGGGACGUCCGAGAUGUCCAGUGAUGCAGCGACGCCGUCAUGCACGCCGUCAGCGGCGGCGACGACGGCGACAGCGACGCGCCACGCCUCUGGAGUGCGUCUCUGUCUUGAGAACGCGCUGCACCCCUCCGCGACCCAGCGGCGGCAGCCACCAAGCCGCGCGGUGGCGCGUGCAGGACUGUCGGCGCGGUUGACAGGGGCGGAAGUGGUGGGCAUGGCCAGGCCAGCCAGCGACUCCAGCGGUGGUCUGACGAUGUCGUGGGGUAGGGACGACGGUGAGGUUUGUGUCGUCACCGGCCCCAAUGCGUGUGGCAAGACGACUUUGCUCCGAAUUCUCGGACAGUACUUCACCCUUGCGCAGGCGGGCUGCUUUGUGCCUGCGCAGCACGCGCAGCUGUUCCUUGCCGACCGCCUCCUUGCCCACAUGCUGUGUGAUGAGCUUCCCAGCAUCAUGCACUCUUCUUUCCGGCGCGAGCUUAUGGAGCUGAGCGAGCUGACCCACGCCGCGACGGCUGAGAGUGUUGCCCUUAUCGACGAGCUCGGCCGCAGCACUACCACCGCACAAGGCUUCAGUCUUGCCUGGGCCACGGCGCUCCUCCUGAGCGACCGCCGCGUGCACUCAGUGCUGACGACGCACUACGCCGGGCUGCCCAGCCUCGUACGGGCGCGACCGACGCGCGUCGUCGCCUUUCACUUCCGUGUCACCUUCCAGCAUCUGGCGGCGCGGGACGGGAGCCGAGACGGCGUGGGUGACUCGAGUCGGAGGGGGCCAGCACGGACACGCAUCAUGACUGCUCGCUUUGGUCACACGCUCUUCCCUGGGCCGUGCCCGCAGCGUUGGUACGGCCUCGCACUGGCAGAGGAGCUGCAGUUUUUCGAGCCGGUCCUGGCCAUGGCGCGGCGCACACGAACGCGCCGAUCGCCAACGGAGGCGCACACAGAAGAGGAUGAGGUGUGA